AUGGCUGAGAAUGAUGCCAGAAUCCAAAAGCUGGAAUCCGUUGUUCAAGGAAUGAUCGAUGCCUUUCUGGGUUUUGGAGACCACGUCACGCGAUCAAUGGCUGUUCCAACUAUCAGUGAUUCUAGAGGUUUAGGAACAGCUUAUCAUGAAGCCGUGGAGAAGUUCCGGAAUCUGGCGGCCGAAAUCGAUGAAGAUGUCUGCUGUUCUCAAGAUCAGUCCCCCAACUCAACUUCUGGCGACUGUCAACAGGCUGUCUCUCAAAGUAUCCUCCAGACGUCCAGCCGACCACAGUCGAAGCUGCUGUGGACCUCCCAGCAUCCCCCGGUUUUUAAGACCAGUGUCAAGGCGGCUGACAACCCGACUCCAGAAAGCUCUUACAACAUGCACAGAUUCCUGUCUUCGGCAAUCAUAUUGAUGCCUAAUGGGAACCCGGUACUCUCUGGGGACUAUUCGGACAUCAAAGAGCUCUCUUUUCCCGGGUCUUCAGUGCAGCAGAGACUCUUCCGUCAUGGAAUGUGGCGCAAUUAUCAAGCUUUGCAUUGCGACGAGUUUCAGGAUAAGCGAUACUCCUGGUGUGACAGAGUGCAUGGCUUCAGCUUUCGUCACUCAAGCAGGUCGGACCUUCUGUUUCUGACUAGACUUGGGCUCGACAAAAUGAUCGAAGAGAGCCAUCGGAAAACGCAUGGGAGACUAAAUGGCCAAGCUUCUCCGCCAGAGCAUGCUCCUGGCAACAGAAUCUUCGACGACGAAAAGCACCACCAGCUCGCCGCUGCUAUCCAAAAUGACCUUGAACUUGAAGGUAUCCUGUCCGAUAUUGUUCGGGCUGAAGAGAUCGACCACCAUCUGGCCAAAAAGGGGAGGACAAUUCUGGACGGCAACAGACUCGAACUGCGGUUAUUCCCUAUAGAGGGAUGCUGGUCUCAUACUUCCAAAGGUCCUUCGCCCAACGAAGAUAUCCAGACCGUCGUUAUUGAUACUGAGAGAUUCGUUCGAAAGCUCUGUGAUGAGGCGAUUUGCCUAGGUAAUGGUAUGGGCUUCUCGAAACACAUCAUCAAUGACGCUAUUGUCUACUCGGCACUGCAUGUGAGUCAGCUCCGCAAACCAUCACUUCCAAGACUGUCAAGAGGACACACCAGGGAAUAG